CACGACUAACCUUUCCCGGCAAUCUCCUCCGCCGGUUUUUCACCCUCCAUCCACCGGAAAAUCCCAUUCUCCGGCAUUUCCUAUCUUCAAGAUUCAAUGAUGUUUUUAGAGUUCUUUGCAAUUUCAGAUUUGGUGGUUUUGUUAUCAAGUGUUUUGUCUUGCUCUUAGGACGGAUUAAAGUUCUGAAUUUGGUUAUCGUUUGGUGGAGGAGUUGAGUAUCAUGGAUGCCCCUAAAGAGUCUGGACUCCGUAAUGUUAGCUCAGUUUGCUCCAUUCCUGAAAUGGAUGACUUUGAACUGACAAAGCUUCUGGAUAGGCCGAGGCUUACCAUUAAAAGAGAGAGAUCAUUCGACGAGAGGUCACUUAGUGAGAUGUCUUUAUCAAGGGGUCUUGAGAAUUUGGAUCUUGGAUAUUCACCAGGAGGACGCUCUGGAUUAGAUACCCCGGCUUCAUCGACCCGAAACUCCUUCGAGCCCCAUCCGAUGGUUGCUGAAGCCUGGGAAUCUCUUCGUAGAUCAUUGGUGCAUUUCAGGGGCCAACCGGUUGGCACCAUUGCUGCAUAUGAUCAUGCAUCUGAGGAAGUUCUAAACUAUGAUCAAGUCUUUGUACGGGAUUUCGUUCCUAGUGCCUUGGCUUUUCUAAUGAAUGGUGAGCCUGAUAUAGUGAAGAAUUUCCUAUUGAAGACACUUCAACUUCAAGGGUGGGAAAAAAGAAUUGACAGAUUCAAACUUGGGGAAGGGGCUAUGCCUGCUAGUUUUAAAGUACUUCAUGACCCAGAACGUAAAACAGAUACAAUCGUGGCAGAUUUUGGUGAGAGUGCCAUUGGUAGAGUUGCACCGGUUGAUUCUGGGUUCUGGUGGAUUAUAUUGCUCCGUGCAUAUACAAAGUCUACCGGAGAUCUUACUCUAGCUGAAACACCAGACUGCCAAAAAGGGAUGAGGCUUAUAUUAACCUUGUGCUUAUCAGAGGGGUUUGAUACAUUUCCAACUCUGCUGUGUGCAGAUGGGUGCUCAAUGAUUGACCGCAGAAUGGGAAUUUAUGGUUAUCCUAUAGAAAUCCAAGCUCUUUUUUUUAUGGCGUUGAGAUGUUCCUUGGCAAUGCUCAAACUUGAUGAAGAGGGAAAAGAAUUUGUGGAAAGAAUAAUGAAGCGCUUGCAUGCCUUGAGCUUUCACAUGAGAAGUUAUUUCUGGAUAGACUUUCAACAAUUAAAUGACAUCUACCGCUAUAAAACAGAGGAGUACUCUCAUACUGCUGUAAAUAAGUUUAAUGUUAUUCCUGAUUCAAUCCCAGAUUGGGUUUUCGAUUUUAUGCCAACACGUGGUGGUUACUUUAUUGGCAAUGUCAGUCCAGCAAGGAUGGACUUUCGGUGGUUUGCUUUAGGUAACUGUGUUGCUAUCUUGUCCUCCCUUGCCACUCCCGAGCAAGCUUCAGCAAUUAUGGAUCUUUUUGAAGCACGUUGGGAGGAGCUGGUAGGGGAAAUGCCUAUAAAAAUUUGUUAUCCAGCAAUUGAAAGUCACGAAUGGAGAAUUGUAACCGGUUGUGAUCCUAAGAACACUAGAUGGAGUUACCAUAAUGGAGGAUCUUGGCCAGUGCUUUUAUGGUUACUAACGGCGGCAUGCAUCAAAACGGGGAGGCCACAAAUAGCAAGACGGGCAAUUGAACUUGCUGAAAGCCGGUUGCUAAAAGAUGGGUGGCCGGAAUACUAUGACGGAAAACUUGGAAGAUACGUAGGUAAGCAAGCUAGGAAGCAUCAAACAUGGUCAAUUGCAGGAUAUUUGGUAGCAAAAAUGAUGUUAGAAGAUCCAUCACAUUUGGGGAUGAUCUCACUUGAAGAAGAUAGACAAUUGAAACCCAUCAUCAAAAGAUCCUCCUCUUGGACUUGCUGAAAACCCGAAACAUAACAGACCCGAGAUUAGAAAAAGACACGAGUAAUCUAUUUUCUUCGUUAUAAAACGGGCUUAUAAGUUGGUUGAAUUCUAUCCCUUUUUUAGGUUCGAUCGAGUGUUUCGUUUUGUGUACAUUAGCUUUUGGCUGGUAUGCUUAAUAAGGAAAAAACACAGACAAUAUGGUGCUCUUAUUUGUGUUUAAAUUUGCAAGGAUGCUAUGUGAUUUUUGUUUGUAGAAGCUGUGGUGGUCUUUCCA